CAUUCGCACACCCGAUCUUACUCGCUCACAAACCAUCAACCUUGUCUCUCUCUUUCUCUCUUUCUUUCUGUUGGCUUUAAUCGCACAGCAUAAUAAUAAUUGAAUACAUUUAUUUAAAACCCCACUCUACAUAAUGGUUUCCAUAACUUUCCCAUAACGAGUGUAUUCUCCGUCCUACCUUUGUCCCCCGCGCAGGGUGUUUAUACUUGGUAGAUUUCAUGGCGACUCACGACGUCAAACCGAGCGGGGCUGACUCAGCUCUUGAUCAACUCCGGUCUUGCCAUUCUUGCAGGUUUCUCUUUUUUUGUGACUAUUCAUCUAGAUUUCUGAGAUAAUCGUGUGGGCGGGUUUCCAUCGCGUUCAAAAACGUCGCUUAUAUUUGAGACCAACCUUUCAUAACCUUCUUUCUCUUCUCUCCCACUCUCACACACACAUUUCCUCUCUGUUUUUUUUAUCUCCACUUGCACUGACGCACCCUCCUGCUUAACAAGAAAAACACCAUGUCACAACAAAACGGAACUGUAAACAACCAAGCCAAGGAUCAAAACCGUACCCGCGAACCCAUCGUGUCGCCAUAUAUGCCGAAAUACCCCGAUCCCAUGUCCAAUAUCUCAAACUUCAAGAUCAUUGAAUCCACUUUGAGAGAGGGUGAACAGUUCGCCAACGCCUUCUUUGACACGGAAAAGAAGAUUGAAAUCGCAAAGUCGCUUGAUGAGAUCGGAGUGGACUACUUGGAACUCACCUCGCCCGCUGCAUCUGAGCAAUCACGUAACGACUGCAAGGCCAUCUCUAGUCUGGGUUUGAAGGCCAAGAUCUUGACGCACGUUCGUUGCCACAUGGACGACGCCAAGCUUGCAAUUGAUACCGGUGUUGAUGGUUUGGACGUUGUGAUCGGCACAUCGAGCUACUUGCGUGAAUUCUCGCACGGCAAGGACAUGGAAUAUAUCACCAACAAGGCCAUUGAAGUCAUCAGCUACAUCAAGAGCCAGGGUUUGGAAGUCCGUUUCUCCACUGAAGACUCUUUCCGUUCAGAUCUUGUUGAUCUGCUGAGCAUCUACAAGGCUGUUGACAAGAUCGGCGUCAACCGUGUCGGUAUUGCCGACACUGUCGGUUGUGCCAACCCCCGCCAAGUCUACGAAUUGGUCCGCACCCUGCGAAGUGUUGUCAGCUGUGAUAUUGAGUGCCAUUUCCAUAACGACACUGGUUGUGCUAUUGCCAACGCUUAUGCUGCUUUGGAAGCCGGUGCUACCCACAUUGAUACCUCGGUCCUUGGUAUUGGUGAGAGAAAUGGCAUCACGCCUCUCGGCGGUUUGCUCGCCCGUAUGUAUGCUGCUGAUAAGGAGUUUGUCAAGAACAAGUACAACUUGACCAAGAUUCGCGAUGUUGAAAACAUUGUUGCCGAUGCUGUCGAGGUCACCGUUCCUUUCAACAACUACAUCACUGGUUACUGUGCCUUCACCCACAAGGCAGGUAUUCACGCCAAGGCUAUUUUGAACAACCCAUCAACAUACGAAAUCUUGAAGCCAGAGGACUUUGGUAUGUCACGAUAUGUCAGCAUUGGUCAUCGUUUGACGGGUUGGAAUGCGGUUAAGAACCGAAUCGAGCAGCUGCAAUUGACGGAUCUCAAGGAUGAGGACGCCAAGGUGGUUACGCAAAAGAUCAAGGAGUUGGCCGAUGUCCGACCAUUGUCUUUGGAUGACGUUGAUACCCUUCUUCGUCACUACCACAAUGCCAAGAAUGAAGGCGUACAUACUCACUUCUUGGACAACAUUGAUACACCAGACCAGAUCACUCAAAUGGGCGCUACCGCAUAAAAAAGCCUCUAAACCAUUUACUUUUAUAUACAAUAUCAAAAACACGCAUAACCCUCCCUUACCUAUCCCUAUACACUUCUUCACUUUUCUUUCACAAUUUCUUCCCUUUUUGUUAGUUCCAUGUAUAAAAAUUUUUAAACACUUGCCUCCAUGUUGUCCUUUGUAAAGGGCUAUAUAUAUUUUAUAUACAAGCACACAAUCACCACAUUUAGUAAAUAUCAUUUUGGAAUAAAAAACAAUGCAAGUCUUUUCUUACUUGAA